AUGGCCGAAGCUGCAAAUUCAGAUUUAAUACCGGUCGAUAAUUGUGAUAUAAAUACGAAAACAAAAUGGCUGAGUGGUUUUAUAGGAAGCUGCAGUAGAUAUUUUGGAUAUGUCCACACAGUAGAGGAAGCAAUGGCAGUUAUGAAGCAAUACAAGUUGGAUACAACAACUCGAUUAUCAUGCUUCAAAUCAAGUAAGGACUUUGGAUCCAGAGGUAAAGAAGAGUUUGCUUGGAAGAGUUUGCCGGUCGCCUGAAAAAAGUGGGUACAUGAAGACGUAAGUUUCCGCAGUGUUUACGACAGCCAGUUACAGCUCUGUAUGUAUCCACUCUGUGAACUCUAGGUGAACAUUUAGUUCAACAUGUUUACAUAGAGUUCACUGGCUCUGACUCCAUGAGCAAUCACUCUGAUAAUGGCAAGAUCAUAAGAGCAAGCAUUCUCAGCAGUCAAUGA